CUUCAGGGAGCAGAGCGGGACACUUGCUGUGGAGAGAAGAACCGGAGGACAGAGACAGAGAGAGAGAGUGGACGCCGCUGCGGACAAACCAGACUCGACCCACAACCCAAAAUGGCUUCAAAGUGCCCAAAGUGUGACAAGACUGUGUAUUUCGCUGAAAAGGUGUCAUCACUGGGGAAGGACUGGCACAAGCUGUGUCUCAAGUGUGACCGAUGCAACAAGCUUCUCAAUGCAGGAGGCCACGCUGAGCACAAUGGAAGGCCCUACUGCCACAAGCCGUGCUAUGCUGCCCUCUUUGGGCCAAAAGGCGUGAACAUUGGUGGAGCAGGCUCUUAUUUGUACGAUACUCCAGCCAACAGCAAUUCAUCUCCCACUGCGUUGGAUUCAGCCUCCAAAGCUGAAGAGAAACGAGUGUACGCACCCAAAGCACCAUCAAAAGCUGGCAGCAUCACAACCUUUUCCGGAGAGGCCAACCUAUGUCCCCGAUGCAACAAGAAGGUGUAUUUUGCUGAGAAGGUGACAUCACUGGGCAAAGACUGGCAUCGACCCUGCCUGCGCUGUGAGAGGUGCAGCAAGACUCUGUCUGCUGGCAGCCACGCAGAGCAUGACGGCCAGGCCUACUGCCACAAACCAUGCUAUGCUGUUCUGUUCGGGCCCAAAGGUGUCAACACUGGUGGUGUGGGCAGCUACAUCUAUGACAAGGAGGCUAGUGAAGUGACCCAGCCUUGAACCCUUUGUCUCCUCAACCUCACAACACUUCUCUACACAACACUGACCAUCUACCUUAGUAUUAUUUGUAGCCUGUUUUCUUUGCCUCGCCUGUGUGUUCAUGCCUGAGACGAUCAGCCUUCUGCCCCAGAUCUUUCUUCCCUUUAAUCUGACCCACUUCCCAGCAGCCCCAGAUGAGAUGAUUCACUGAUUAUGUGUUUUAUAUACACAUACAGUUGCUCCAGGAGAACCUUUUGCAUAACCACAUUCAGCAUUCCUACAUGAUUAACUCCAGCUGUUUAAAAUGUUUUGAACCAUUUCGCCAUGUUUACACAUUCAUUCAAUAAGUGUGAGGAUGUUUUCACAUUGUGUGUGUUAAAAAAAAUUAAAAAAUCAGCCGAAACGUGAUUCUCAGGUGUGGGAAGGUGCAUCGUGGGUGGUGUGCUCACAGCCAAAAGGUACAGUAUUUGAUCUUGGAGGCUGCUGCAAGCACAGAUUCUGUGCACAUUGCCAAUUAAAAUUUAUCUGUAUUUUAUAGAUGCCAUAUUUACAGUUUGGCUGCUUGGAAUUGUGUUUUUGGAGAAGUCCGAACUUGUUGUAAAAAUGUGGGAUGCAACUGUUACACGAUUGUCCACAUCAUCCAAAAGGCUGCGCUGAGACUUUACUUUGGAUCGUAUUUUAAUAACCAGUUUAGUGCCAGCAUGCGGAUUAUAAAAUAUGUUGUGCUAAUAAGUAACACCAACAUCUUGUCACAGUUGUUCUACAUUGUAUUUUUUUUAAGUGAGGCAGAAUGUGGGUGAAGUUUUGGGCGUGGGCUGUGAUUUGAAACGUAUUUAUUGCUUUAAUUCAAGUCCUUUAAAUUUCAUUGGCCAUUGUACUGCUGCCCUUCGUGGGACUGAUUAUCAAGGAGGCAAAAUGAGGCGAUGUCAACUGUAUAAUUCUGUACGAUCAAGAUUUUUAUUUCAAAUAAAUCGCCCUGCUGUUAUUUUCCAAGAGAUGAUGUGCUAUUUUGAAGUAUUAUUUUUGCCAUUAGCAGAAACAGUAGUUAAGCUUAUAGAAACAGAUGAGAGGGAGAAAAGAAUGUGCAUUCUAGCAUUAUUGUAUGGCUGUUACGGUUUGUUUAUUACCUUUUUAGAUACAGCAGGGCUCGCCAUUUGUAGAACUGAAACUCUGCACUUCAGCUCUGCUGCAUUUGUCUUUUUAAUCCCUGGAAUAAAAUAUUUCAGAAACUCUU